AUGUCUCCUCACAACAAGACGACUCUGACACAUCCCACACCAUCUCACGCAAAUCCAAUCCUCACAUCAAAACUCCAGGAUACUCUGUACACCGCACUUAUCAAUGCCGGCUCGGUUCCUCACAUCCAGCGAAGUCUCACACAAGAGCUGUCUGCUUCUGGGUGGACUGCGAACCUCCGUGUUCAGAUCAUGCAGUUGCUGCGAAGCGGCGAAUGCACCACAUUCAAUCAACUGAUGGAGAGGAUCAUGAAGGACGCACGAGGCGAAACAACCGAGAAGAAUGCCACAAAUGGCGCCACAAACGGAGAUCUUGCAAGCAAGGAGGUCGAAGAAGGAGGAUUGAAGAUACCCGACCGAGCUGUCCAAGCCGGAAUAAAAGUCGUAAAAACAGAAUUGGAGAAGGCUUGUAAUCUCAAGUUUGACGACGAAGGGUGA